AUGCAAAAUCCUGUCCCUUUCAAUGAUUUUGAGAACACAGAAAAGUCUGGCUGGGACCAUCGAAGAGCCCUAGAAAACCCGAAGUUGUUUUGAAAAUACAGUAAAAAUCAAACUAAAAGAAGAAAUGCUCUACGUUCUCUAUCCCAAGAAGAAAAAAAAGUGCAAAAGCAUAAAAUAAAAGUGAUUAAAGAGCAGCUUAAUCUUGAUCCUCCUUCAAAAGACUACUACAAAUCUCUCAAUAUAAAGCCCGGGUUCCUAUUUUUUAGCUGCUUAAUGAGAGCACCUAAAGCUUCAAUAAACACUUUAAGCAUUAAUAUCCCAGAAAUGCUAUAUUAUACUGACAAGAUCUAUUACUUAUAUACAAAUUCGGCUGGGAAAGUCCAAUGCACAACAAAUGUUAACUGCUAUUUAUUUCAAAAUGCAGUAUCUAAGCAUAAGCCUGCUGAAGAGGAAGCUGUAACUGAUACGAUAGCAAUAAUUAUACGAAUGCCAGGCGAAAAGGAACAAGAUAUGAACGUUUCAAUGAUGGACUGGCUUCAAUUUGAGCUAAAAAUGGUCGCAAAUGAAACUCUUCCUUAUGCUAUGAUGCAAAGGUAUAUAAAAUGUGCAAGUGGCAGGCCAAGCAUUGUUAGACUUUAUUACUAUGCUUAUGAAAAAACAAACCGCGCCAACUUUGCAUAUUUUAUAAACAGUUUAACCUUUGAAGACGCUGAAAUGCAGAAUAAUAUACAGCUUUGUGCUGUAAAUACUUCGAAACCUAGAAAAAUUGAAAUUUUUAAACAAUCAGGGACUGCCUUGCUUCCUUACGAAAAUGAAGCCUCAAAAAUCAUCCAUUAUUUAAAUAAAGGAUACAACUGCAGAGUUCAAGAAAUUGUGCUUGACUUUAUUAGAGAUUCAAAUGGAACGGUAUGACUUAUAAGCUGCAAAAGGAUUAUUAUUGAUCCAAGCACUUUUGCAUUUUGCUUGCAGCCUGUAAAAGACUUUUGACCUGAAACUCACCUAGCAAAUGAAGAUCAGCAUAUAAAAAAGUUGAAUUUUCCUAUUAAUGAAGAGAAAAGAAAAGGCGUAUUGAGUUUUGUCCAUUGUAAAUUAUGCAGAUUAAGCUAUCCUAACUAUGAGCUUUCAAACUUAGUCUCAUCACGAGUUUUGCUCCUUUUUAAAAAUCAUGUUACGUUAAGAUCUGAUUUACCUUUGGACGUUUCUCAUUUAAAAGUGUAUGCAACUGGCCACGUUUCUCAAAGUGUCAGAAUCUGCCAGCUCUGCUAUACUCUAAUUUCAAGUGAAUUUGAGCUCAUAGACGCACAAAAAUCACUUGCCGAGUUUGUUCAUAUCACUAUGAAAGAACUGACAUACGAUGACGAUAUAAUGCCUAUAUCUCAAAUUCCCUUUCUGCCAAGCGAACUAAUACAAGUCCGCCUACUUUUCUAUGCAAUAAAUCUCUGAGAUAUAGAAAAAUCAACUAUUAAAGGCACUUUAUAUAUGCAUUUUCUAUUCUUUGGAAGCACAGUGUCUUUUCCUAUACUAAUUGAUGAAGAUGAGCAAGGGAUUUCUCCAAUAGAUAUCAUGAGACUUAACUAUCUAUUUUAUAGCCCCAAUAAAACCUUAAAAAAAUUCUUCCAAAAUUUCAUAUUGGAAAUAAGAAUUACAAAUGGCCCAAAAGUCGAAGAUUCUUUACUAGCUCAAACAAGUGGGAAAGUGCUCACAAAAUUUCCUGAAACUUUGAAAUUAGGUAGUGCUCUUUAUGAAAAGUGGCAAAUGGAUAUGUUUAAUUUUGACAGAAAAGAAAUGUGCUCGCUAACUUUAAUUAUUGGGCUCAGCUUCGAUAAAAAAGUACCGAGUAAUAGAAUUAAUGUAAAUUUAGACAAGCAUCAUGAUGCUUAUAUUCCAGAAGAUCAUUAUAUGACAGUCGAUCCAUUUCCAACUCAGUGAAUGGAGCUGUUUGGGGUCGGCAACAAGUUGGAUGAGACUUUGGGCAAGCAGCUAGAACCUGAAGAUUUUUAUUCUCCACAUCUGACUAAAUGCGAAAUGAUGAAAAUGGACGCUUUGCCAUUGUCUGGAAGAAGUUCAGAAAAGCAUAAGAAAAAUGGGAGCCAUCUGCCCUUGUCUGGGAGAAGUUCAGAUAAGGAUAAAAGGAAAGAAGAGCCAAUUAAUAAUAUUAUUAAAAAUCAACCGACUAUCAAUAUUAGAAGGGCCUCUAAUUAUAGCGCAACUCUUGAAAAGCCUCGAAAGCUUUCAGUUGUUCAAGAUAUUGAUGUGUAUAAUAUCGUUGACGGAUUUCUUACACACCGUUCGAGCUCUACACAUAAUUUACCAAAAGGAAAAACUAUCAGUCUUACAAGUACACCAACUAAUUUGAAGACUUCAAAGGUUUCUAUGAAAAAACAAAAAUCAUAUUUAGAGCAUGUAAAGAGCAUGAAUGAUUAUAUUAUAACAGACAUGGCUCAAAGAAUGGAAAGGUAUUCCACUUCAACAAAAAACUCCUUUAAUUCUAGGGCGCAAUCAGAGCCAAAUCUUUAG